AUGGACGAACGAACUCGGACUACUAGCUGGGGCGCUCAGUACUAUGCCGAGCAAGAGCAUCAGAAGAGCACUCGCAACUGGAGAUCGACCCUUCAUCCUUCGGUAUUACUAGCCGUGUGUGGAGUCACUGGACGAUGCGUGAUCGCUCCGUUGGUGGUAGCCAUUGUCUGUAUCACUACCGGGUACUUCACCAGCGCCACAUUUUUCAUUGAUGCCAAACACAGUUACUUUGCCUAUAGCCAACUGGACCCAAUCAUGCGUGGAGGCUGCCACACUUGUCUCUCUUCCUGCCGUAAAGUAUUAAUCCAGCUUGGCGCUUUCGGUAGUGACGCAAUUAUCAGUAUGCCGGUUUACGAGAACUCUCAAGUAGUGGCCAACCUUGAUGCGGCAGCAGGAGACUACAGCAAACUAACCUCUGAAGAGAUAACACUCGCAGAUAAACUGGAUCAUGAUGGGGCGGUAUGGAUACUAAGCGUGGUUAACACACUGAAUUUGGCAUUGGCUCCACAGAUGAAGCGUGCGCUAGAAGUGGCUGUGGAGCAAAAAGAAAAGUGUGAAUCGCGUUGGAAUCUCGGUGUUGUUUUGCGUCUUCACAGGUUUCAGACGAGCAAAAACAGUGCAGAUUAUUCAUCUAUCUCUGUUGCUGACUUCAACACGUAUCCGGAUUAUGCAGACUGUCGUCCUGAUAUCCCAAACCAGGGGAUUGUAGGCCUUAAAUUAGCCUAUGCAACUAACGGAGAAGACUUAUUAGCGGUUGUCCCUGAUCGACUUGAGUUUCCUUACGAGAUUGAGAGUAGUAGUCUACCUACCCCUCUACUGCGUUCGUUCUUCUCUGGUUGUCGAGUUCGUGUAGUGAAUACUACUGGGGUCUACGUCGAGGAUGGAUGUACGCUAAUCGAUCACUGGCGUUCGUAUGGACUGACGUUACAAUCUCCCGAUGAUUUGCCAGUGUGUUCAACUGGUGACGUUUGCGUUCACAACAUGUACAACACAGUGUGGGACGUGUUCCGCAGUCGAUAUGCUGACACCGUAGCCUUGAGUAUGUUACCAGGUGCUAUCGUCGCUCAGAUCCUGCUCAUGGGCAUCGUUAGUCUCUACCAGGUAAUGUCCUCCAAGCGCUCUGUGUUGCUAUCUCAGAUUUGGGCGUAUCGCUGCCAGAACGGGCGUAUGCAAGCUGCCUAUCUCGCUCAAGUCAUGUAUCACUUCGCGUUCAACUCGGACAUGUACUACCUCGGACUAUCAACCGGAACGCUGUCUAGUGCCUCCAUUAUGAACCUCGCGCUAAGUUUUUUCGCCUUCUCUUACUCGUUCAUUAAUGUCAUCAAGGCUCGAGCUGGAGAGCAGGCGCUCGACCGAGACUUUCGAUUACUGUGGGAAGUGGUAAUUCUCACGGCAACUGGCUGCGUGGCUGGUGUAUUAUCGUUCUUCAGAUACACCUCGCUAUCAUUUAUUGGCGACCCAAAUGGUGACUUAUUGCGACUAACGUCAGCACGAGGAGCGAAAUAUUGCGGUUUGAAGGAUUCGUGCUACGUCUUUAUCGUGAACUUGGGGUUUGUCAUCACUGCUGCUGCUCUAGCUCUGGGCUUACUGACGAAUUGUAUCACUUUAGUGACUAAGCUGUGCCAAAAGCGUCGAGGAGCAAGUAAAUACCGUGAGAAUUGUCUCGGUGUACCGUUCACGAGGCUCUUCAAGGACUGCAAUGACUUUGCUUAUGUCACUUACAGGGAUAAACGGUGCUCGACAGUGGAGGCGAUACUACUCACAGGAUAUUUGUUCUACGGCGAGCACGUGUACCAAGCUACCGCCGUUGUAUUACGGUUUGUGGCUCGUUUGGUACCACGUAAAUUCCUCCGAACUUUUAAUCAGCUUCUACUCCGCUGGCAUUACGACCCAGAGCAAGGAACAUUAACUUAUGCGAUGUCGUGUACAUGGUAUUCGGCUAGCGCAGAGAACUACAAACUUUCAGAAGCAAUGCCGCUAGCAUGA